UUGUGGGUAAUGAACAUGGCAGGGUAACUUUUUUGACCAAAACCUGCGCUAAAAAUUAUUCCAACAGGUUUGAACUGAACUUAAUUUGAUUAGUGAAGUAAAAUCAGACAGUUUUGAAGUGGUUCAUGUAGUGUGUGUAUAUUUUGAGAAAGUUUGAUUGUGAUAUUUGAACUGAUAUGAUGUUUUCAAUAGCUGUGUGACGAUAAACGCCAAAAAAUCAAAGUGAAACUCUCGGGUUUGUCAGCCACAGGAAGCGAAAUGGACCUCAACAAAACAGCAUCCCGUCCGCCGCAUCCCUUUGCACAGGCAAAUAUUUUCAGCAAAUACUUUUUCUGGUGGCUUACUGGGUUACUCCGGACCGGGUUGCGACGGCAGAUUGCCGUCGGCGAUGUCUACCGGACGUUACUCGAGUAUCGAAGCGAUCGAAUCGGAAACCGAUUCCAGCACCAAUGGGAACGACAACGGAUGCAAUCGGUGCCGAAUGCGGCAAACCGACCGAGCAAAAACCCCUGGCAACUGCUGAAAGUACUGCUCAAGAUCUACGGCACCGGGAUGCUGCUGUUCGGUGGAAUUUAUAGCUGCCUGGAGUCGGCAUGCAGAAUCAUCCAACCAUUUCUGCUGGGGGAGUUGAUCCUUUAUUUCGAUCAGCUCGUUGGCUCGUCCAGCGACCGGAAACCAACAGCCGCCUAUCUGUAUGCAGCGGGAAUCGUGCUCAGUGUGCUACUGCCGUCGUCAAUUUUCCACCUGUACCAGCUGUUUCUGCUCCAGAUUGGGAUGAAAAUUCGAAUCGGAUGCUGUGCGCUUAUUUAUCGAAAGGUACUCGAGAUGACUAGCUCCCAAUCUACGGAUGGUCUCAGCGGUCGGGUGAUCAACCUAAUGUCGAACGACGUUAGCCGAUUUGAUUAUGCGGUUAUUUUCUUUCACGAUCUGUGGAAGGGUCCCGUGGAGUUGUUAAUCGUGUCGGUGUUAGUUUAUCGGGUAAUUGGAGUGUCCGGAUUAGUCGGAAUUGGGCUUCUGUUGUUGUUCAUCCCGGGCCAAGCAUGGCUAGGUAAGGCAGCAGCGAAAUUCCGAUUGCGAACGGCACUUGCGAGCGACGAACGGGUCAAGUUCAUGAACGAGAUCAUCCAGGGGAUUCAGGUUAUUAAGAUGUACGUGUGGGAGAAGCCUUUCGAGCUGGUCGUGCAGAAACUACGCCGUAAUGAGGUUCGAGGACUUCGUGGAGCGGCCUAUAUUAGAGGGGCGCUGUACUCACUGCGAAUUAUUCCGAAGAUCUCGAUCUUUCUGAGCUUGGUGGUGUACGUUUACACAGGGAACAUGAUCACGGCGCAACGGGUCUACAUGUUGAUAUCAUUCUUUAGCGUUAUUCAUCAUUCGAUGGUGGAGUUUUGGCCUCUGGCAGUAACUUCGUGUGCUGAAGCUUGGGUGUCUAUGAAAAGAAUCGAAGAAUUUCUAACGGAAGAAACUGGAUCGAGGAAGGAGAAUGAAAAAAAGCAAAGUUCGGCUAUUGGAACGAUAGAGCUCUGUAACGUGAGUACUGUGUGGCCAGAGUCGGGUUUUUCCCUUCGAAACCUCAAUUGGACCGUGACCGAAGGUCAAAUGUGGGCAAUUAUUGGAGAUGUUGGAUCAGGAAAAUCCUCGAUGUUCAAUCUUUUGAUGGAUGAACUCUUACCUCGAGAAGGAACGGUUUCGCUUGGUGGAAAGGUUAGCUACUGCUCCCAGAAACCAUGGGUGUUCGAGGGAACGGUUCGAGAAAAUAUUCAAUUCAUUGAAGCAUUGGAUGAGAUGCGGUACGCAGAAGUCGUGAAAGUUUGUGCCUUGGAGAGGGACUUCCAGUUGUGGCCCAACGGUGAUCAGACUGUAGUCGGAGAGCGAGGCGUCAGCCUCAGUGGCGGCCAAAAGGCGAGGGUAAACCUUGCUAGAGCAAUCUAUCGUAAAGCAGAUAUUUACCUACUAGACGAUCCACUUUCGGCAGUAGAUGCACAUGUAGGAAACUACAUCUACACAGAAUGCAUCCAGCGGUUUUUAGCAAAAGUAACUCGCGUUCUGAUUACCCAUCAACUGCAGUGCUUGAGAGGAUUGGAGAACAUCAUUGUCUUGAAAGAUGGCAGCAUUGUGAAAGCGGGAUCGUACGAGCUGCUGAAAAGUCACUUCGCUGAGUUGGGGUUCGAAGAGGAUUCUACCAAAGAAGUGAAGAAUCAUAUCGAAACUAUCUUAGAGGAAGGGGUCGCGCAAAAUGCUCAGCAGGAAGACAAGAUCGAGGAAACGCAGCUGGAUGGAAACGUGAGGUUCAAUGUGUACAUAAAUUUCUUCAAAUCAGUUCAUAGCGGAAUUUUUGUAGCUAUCAUCGGCUUGCUGCUGUUAUUCUGGCAGGCCGUUUCCACCGGGACUGAUUAUUUUGUUUUUAUUUGGGUUACUUGGGAGGAAAGGUAUUCCCAACUCGCAUCGGCAUGGACUACGGAAACUCAUGUGAUCGUGUACACUGGACUAAUCAUCCUAACAGUAUUUUUAUCUCUCAACUCACUUGCCUUCUUCGAGAUGUGCUUGAGAGCUUCCCUCAAUCUGCACGCCGCAUUGUAUCGGGGUGUGUCGCAGGCAUCAAUGUACUUCUUUAACACAAACUCAUCCGGUCGAGUAAUGAACCGUUUUUCAAAGGAUAUUGGCCUAAUUGAUUCCAGUCUUCCGGUUGUGCUGAUUGAUAGUGUAUACUUUUUCCUGGAACUGGCAGGAAUAAUCGCCAUUGUUUCUAUCGCUAACUACUGGCUUCUACUACCGACGGCCAUCAUGGGCGUCAUAUUCUACGGAUUACGAAUGCUGUUUCUCAAAGCAGCCCGCAACGUUAAACGGGUCGAAGCAAUCACACGUAGUCCCGUUUUUACGCACACAAAUGCCACUAUCGAGGGGUUGGUCACUGUUCGGGCGUUCCAAGCGCAGAAUCAACUGCAAGCUGCUUUCGAUUCGAAGCAGGAUUUGAACACUUCCGCUAGCUUUAUGUUCGGUGGCAUCGCGAGAGGCUUCGCUUUUUGGCUGGAUUUGGUUUGCUGCCUGUAUAUAGCCGUGGUGGUGUUUAGCUUUCUACUAAUGGGAACAGACAUCGUGAGCGGAAACGUUGGCCUGGUCGUUACACAGGUGUUAAACCUCAUUGGCAUGUGCAACUGGGGCAUACGACAAACCGCCGAACUGGAGAAUCAAAUGACUUCGGUAGAACGCGUGCUAGAGUACGCCGGACUGGAACCGGAGAAACAAACGACGGAAAAGGCACCACAGGAUAUUCCCGAACAAUGGCCCCAGCAGACAGGCAUUUCCUUCCACAAUGUAUCUCUGCGGUACACAGCAGAUGCCGAACCUGUGUUGAAAAAUGUUUCAUUCGAAAUCAAACCGAAGGAGCGAGUGGGAAUCGUCGGCCGAACCGGAGCGGGUAAAUCAUCAAUAAUUCAGGCACUAUUCCGAUUGACAUCAAUUGACACCGGAGGCUCCGAACAGGGCCGAAUCGAAAUAGACCGCUGUAAUACCGGAGCAGUACCGUUGGAACGACUGAGAGGGACCAUUGCGAUUAUCCCCCAGGAGCCGGUGAUUUUCUCCGGCAGUUUGCGCAGCAAUUUGGACCCCUCUGAGCGGCUAGAGGAUGCCAAAAUUUGGAAGGCGUUGGAGCAGGUCGAGCUUAAACAGUUAGUGUUGAACUGUGCUGCCGGCUUGAACACCGAGCUGGUCGAAGGGGGAGCGAACUUCAGCGUCGGCCAGCGGCAGCUGAUUUGCCUCGCGAGAGCCAUACUUCGCGACUGUAGGAUACUUAUAAUGGACGAAGCGACGGCCAGUGUCGAUCCGGAAACCGACAGACUGGUACAGCGAACAAUUCGGGAGCAGUUUCGGGAAUGUACCAUUCUUACCAUCGCCCAUCGGUUGCACACCGUCAUGGACAGUGACCGGGUUCUGGUUAUGGAUGCUGGCCGAAUGGUUGAGUUCGAUAGUCCGGCGCGUUUACUGAACCUCACGGAUGGUUUCUUUCGCCGGUUAUUUGAUGAAACCGGAAUGGAUGUGAAACAGUUUCUGGAGCCAGAGAAGGGGAAAAACUGAUUGAUUUACUUUUAGUUGGAAGGAGAUUGCUUUGUGAGAAAUAUUAUUUCCUGGUCCAUGUUUGUAAGUUGAAGUUGAAAAGAGAUUUAAUUAUAAAUGAAGUCCGAUAGAUAAAUCUCAGCAACUCUCUGACAGCAAUUAGAGAGUGAGGUGUCAAACCAAAUAUGUAGUUGAUUUUGUUUCCAUCUACAGCGACUUUUUAUUAAAGUAGGAACUGCUCCAUUAUUCAUCUCAUUAAGCCGAUAUUCACGAAGAAUGACGGAUUGAACAACAAAUUUUCAUGAAAUUAUUGAAUUAUUGAACAAAAUACGCUUACGUGCUCUUAUAGAAUCGUUCAGUAUUGUAUACUUAGUAAACUUAGCUAGAUUUAACCUGAAUUUUGUAAAACAAACCAUUUUGCACAACGCUCCCAUAUCCAUCUCAAAACUUAAAUCACUGCUCAAUUAUUCAUCUCACGACGCCCCCAUAUUCAUCACACUGCAAUGCACUGUUAAUCAUGAAUGAAUCACAUUAUCAUGAAUGAACGUAGCCGCAGCCCGUCCCAAUAGGUUACCUAGAUAUCCACUGUCGUUGUUUACGUGCAAAUAUGGUAACCUA